GCAGGGUGGAGGCCGUUGAGCGGGGCUCGCUGGGUGGCUGCGGUACGCAAUUUGCGUAUCGUUAGCGGUACUAAGGGGGGGGGAGCGGGGUGGGGGGGGGCGGACACCUCGGGGCCCUGAGGGACCCUGGGGGUGAGGAGGCCCGGGGGGGGGGGGGCCCUGCCCAGCCUCCCCUAGACCCCCCCCUGGCCCGCAGGAGCCCCCCCAUAGCCCCCUAUUGAGUGCCCCCCCCCAUGGCCAUGGCGUCCCCCCCGGCUCCCCCAGCCAAGAAGCGGAAGAUGAACUUCUCGGAGCGGGAGGUGGAGAUCAUCGUGGAGGAGCUGGAGCGGGGCAAGCACCUCCUCAUCAACCACUUCAACGCCGGCGUGCCCUUGGCCGCCAAGGCCGCGGCCUGGCACGACAUCCUGCGCCGCGUCAACGCCGUCGCCACGUGCCACCGCGAGCUGCCCGAGGUCAAGAAGAAGUGGUCGGACCUCAAGACCGAGGUGCGGCGGAAAGUGGCCCAGGUGCGGGCUGCCAUGGAAGGGGGAAGCGACGGCCACAACGGCGGCGGCGGCAACGGGACGGAGAGCGAGGACCCGACGGGCGCCGCGGCCGCCCCUGUUAUCCUGACCCCCAUGCAGCAGCGCAUCUGUAACCUGCUGGGAGAAGCCACCAUCAUCAGUUUGCCGAGUGGGGACUGCAGCGCGGGUGACGGGAGCGAGAUACCCAUCACCGCGGCAGCCACCACGGUCACCCUGACCCAGAUUCCUGCAGAGACAACCUACCACAGCCUGGAGGACGGGGUCGUGGAGUACUGCACAACAGAAGCCCCCGCCACAGUCACCGCAGAGGCACCUCUGGAGAUGAUGGCGCAUCAGCACGAAGUGGCUGCGAAACCCCAGGAGCUGAAGAGCCGAAUCGCUCUGAACUCGGCCAAGCUCUUGCAGGAGCAGCGUGUGACCAACUUGCACGUGAAGGAGAUUGCCCAGCACUUGGAGCAGCAGAAUGACUUGCUUCAGAUGAUCCGCCGCUCUCAGGAGGUGCAGGCGUGCGCCCAGGAGCGGCAGGCACAAGCCAUGGAAGGAACGCAGGCAGCGCUGAGCGCCCUCAUCCAGGUCCUCCGCCCCAUGAUUAAGGACUUCCGUCGGUUUCUGCAGAGCAAUACACCCAGCCCGUCGGUCACCACUGACCCCAGCCAGACGGGGCAGCAGGAUGGCAUGAUCCAGUGAAGGAAACAGGGAUGGGAGGGGAGAUUUAGAUGGGCUACUGGGGAGAAAAAUCUCUUCACGGAAAGGCUUGUCCUGCACUGGAAGAGGCCGCCCAGGGAAGUGGUGGAGACACCAAGACGUGUUCAUGUGGCGUUUAGGGAUGUGGUUUUGUGGUGGACUUGGCAGCACUGGACUCAAUGAUUGUAACGGGGCUUUCCCAACCUGAACUAUUCUAUGGGACAUCUGUCUAGGGGAAAAAACCUGCUGGUGCUGCUGGAGGACCCAGGGGGUGUCAGUGUGACAUGGCUUGCCUUGGAGUCUGAGCCUAAACAGCUUUCUUUCUCUGCUAAUCUUAUGCUAAUCUGCCUUUUCAGACUCCUCAGAGAGCCAUAGCAGGAUGUGUAAUAAACCAGGAACUUACCAGUGGUUGCUUUAGUUCCUCAAACAAUGGAGUUAUUAGUUAAAAAAGCAGUUAUUUUUUAAAUUUCUGUUUGAAAAUCCC